CUCCUGUCAAACAAAAUGGCGGAAGAUGUAAAUAACGAUACAACGCAUUCCAAAACUGAAGAAAGAAAGAUCGUCGUGGAGUUUUGCCAGUUACAAGAGAAAUCACGACAGCUUUUUAACUCGCUAAGGUGUGACUCUUAUUGUUGGCUUUUUGUUAUACCUGUUUUCACGUGAAGUUGAAACAUUUCUGAGUAUGCAGAGUUGAGGGUGUGUUGUUAUUCUAGUGUGGGAUGGGCUCAGCAAAGAGUUACUGUUUGUGUCGUGUGUAACAGAGGUGUUUGUAUCCUUAGUGCCCCUUUACUUUUUUUUCGUCUUUUCAAAUUAGGUGACAAGACGUUAUAAGUGAAGAUACGCCAAUUUUUGGCCAUAAUGAUCUUCUUUGCCCUCCCCCCGCCCCGACGUAACCACGUUUUAUUAUACAACGAGGAUUUGCAUGAAAUGAUCUUUUCUUCAGUAGAAAAAAAAAGCACUGAAGGCAUAAGAUAAAAUGUGUCCUGCUGGGCUUUUCCGCACAUGCAUCGCUCCUUCAAAUGCAAACAAAUGCAGACUAUAGACUUGCAGAUGCAGAUAAACCACAGGCAACCCAGGCUCACUUUUUGUGUCAUGUACGCCGGGGUUUCAUAUAACAUGAGUAAAAUAAUAUAGAGAACAUAUGGCGCAAAGUUAAGGUGUGGAAAUUUUCUAGAAAAUAUUAUGGAAAUAAAAAUCAAUGAAACUUACCAGGACAACAACAACUCACCACGUGGUUUUCAUAGAUUUUUAUUUCCAUUUUCUAGCAUAUGUCCAGACCUAAACUUUGUCCUGUAUGUUCUCUAUAUUUACUCAUGUUAUAUGAAACCCAUACAGGACAGAAAUACUGAGCCUGAAGAGAUAGAUCAGAGUCAGUAAGUUCAGCUUAAAAGCUCAUUCGCCAUUUUCCCACAGACCAUAAUGUACCUUGUUUACCUCCCAAAAUUUUACAUCCAAUAUUUCCAAUCGCCUGAAGACCUGUGGAUAAACAUCUUACAAAAAUCAUAACUAUCCCAAACCUCAGUGCUGAGUCUGUUUUGUCAUAGUUUUGAGAGCAUUUGACAGCACUGUUUCCCUUGUUUACUUGCAAGUCUGCAGUCCGCAUUUGUCGAACACUGUAUCUUGAGGUCCUUUUCGUGGUGAUAGAGGGGGGAAUGGGGAUCUGAAUGUGAAAAUCCAUUGUUUCAGUUAUUCAGGAGGAAGCAAUGUGCCUUUUAAUAUUUUACUUCGUCAGUGUCUUUCAAUGUGCUGUUUGUCACCAUUGUACCUGUUUUAUGACGUUGUUUCAAGGUCACGUCACCUGUCAGAAUUUACCUGGGUACUGGAAAAGCAAUGCCUCUGCCUUAUACUAAUAUAGUACAGUGUCAGACUUCAUUUUUUAAAUGCAUAUAGGAAGUAGGAAAAUUGAGUUUGGAGUUCAUGUAGAAACCAAUGUAUAAGUGAAUCUUCUCAACUGAUAUACUCCUUAUUAUAGACUUCAGAUAUCCUGUCUUAUUUACCAGUAUAAUUUGAAAUGAAAGUUUCAUUGUCAUCUAAUUUUAUGAUGUUAUUAAAUUUCUCUUUUUCGUCUUUGUUUCCCCAAUUUAUGCUCUGCCAGAGACUUACCACAGUUUGGAAACAAGCAUUGGCAGACCCACUUUGGAAAAACAUUUGAUGUUUACACUAGAGUAAGUUUGGAUUAUUCUGAAUAGCAGUUAAAUUGUAAAGUCAUAUGACCUUUUUAGUUCUUUUAUUAGCACUUGAAAUUUGACUUUUAUAUGUUUUUUUUUGCUAACCAGUUAUGGAAGUUUCAGCAGAAGCACAGGUAAUAAUAUUAUUUGUGUGAGAUAUUGUUUUCAAUUUUUUGAACUUAUAAAAAGUAAGUAUAAAAUUAAGAAAACAAUGUGGGGUAAGGUAGAACUGGGUGCUAGCAUAAAGCGCCUAUUAGCCCCAGGCAGCUUGCUUUCACACUUGGGGCAACAAAGAAAUCUUAGUUCAUGCACAAAACUAAGAUGUUGGACACCAUGGAUAAUGCAAGUUCAGUAAUUUGGGAUUCUUUCCUUAUAAAACCAUAGCUAUGUUCAACUCAACACAUGAAUCACAAGUUUUAUCUUAAGCCCUUUUACCCUAGUCAGCCCAUUUGCUCCUAGAGAUGUUAGAGUCUUUAAUCUGAAGGGAGGACUUGUAGAUAUUGAGUCUAUGAAUGAAAUGCCAUGGUGUGACCAUUCAAAUGAAACAUCUUUGGUAGCACUUUCACAUGGAUUAUUGGUACCAUAUUAUGUUUUUUCUCAUUUCACAACACGAAAUUUGAAAGUGUUGAAUUUUAACUUUGGCUACCAUAUUUUAGGGUGCAAGUGUUAAAUGAAGGGGUGCCUAAGUGCAAAGCCCCAAUUGUUCUUUCACAAACUUCCAUAUUCUCCCUCAUAAUUACUUUUGAUUUGAUAAAUAAAGAAUGAUGGUAAUUAAAUUUUAAGCUCGCUGAAGAAAUGAGAAAUGAUGUGAUCAACAUGUCGGGAGCAUGGGACAAAGAAAACAUCAGAGUCCCCGACAGGAAUUGAACCUAUGACCUUAAUCCUGUACACGGGUCAGAUGUUCUCUCCACUGAGCCACGAAGGAUUGGUGGCAAGCUGGGCCAUAUACAAGGUUCAUGCAUGUAUACGUAUGAUGUGCAUCCAGUGUACUGCUAGGAUCAGCAAUGUCGAAAUCGUUGUGUGUGAUAAAUAAAGAAUGAUAGUAAAUUUUAAGGUCGCUGAAGAAAUGAGAGAUGAUGUGAUCAACAUGUCACGAGCACAGGACAAAGAAAAAAUCAGAGUCCUUGAUAGGAAGGACAGGUUUGUCAAAAGGGAGACUUUGACACUUAGCUUCCACACACCCCUCAGUUAUUUUGGAUGAGAGUCCAUGAAAGAAAUCCUGAUUUUCAUCUUAGCUAUUUUCCAGUAGUUUUACAGUAUAUCGCAACUAGGUUUUUUGCCUUUUGUAACUGUUUGUAAAUUAACUUUGAAAGUCCGACUUGGGAUUAUGUCAAGAAACUUAUUUUAUUGUAUUGCGAUUUUAGAUCAAUUCUGGAUGCCAAAUAUAACCUAAAAAGAUGGCAAAUUGGAGAAAUUGCAUCUAAAAUUGGACAGCUUUACUAUCAUUACUAGUAAGGACAUCUUUUUUUGCAUCUUGCAUUAUCUUGCACUUUGAAUCUUGCUGCUUCUGUAUUAAACCUCUGUAAGGGCUCUUUGACUCUGAUCUUGAUUCUCGCAGCGGUUGUUCAAGUUUAUUAUCAGCAAUGUUGCAAAACAAGUUGCAUGUUUUUGUUGUUCUUUUUACCGUACCUUCCUUAAUCAUGCUUAAGCCUUACCUAGUAGUGACCAUCACAUACAAUACACCAGCAAAGUUAGUAUUAAUUAUUAAACCUCAUGAAAAGCCAUGUUAAUCGAUGUGAAAUCUCUUAACGACCAUUCCAGCCUAAGAACGAGUGAAGCAAACUAUCUUCACGAGUCAUUUGGAUUUUACUCUGCUAUCCGAUCCAGAGCAUACUACAGUCAAGCUAGCAAGGAAGAAAAGUAAGAAACAUUUAUUGAUAUUUGUCUUCUCGCUGCUCCUCAAAUCAAAUAAACAUUCUAGGCAUCUAUUGGAUCAUUUAUGGUAGUUUUUCAGAGUUCCUAAAAAACUCUCAAUUUCAAAACUGUGCAAAGUGCAAAACCUUUCUAGUGAAUGAGUUUCAUUUGCAUGUGAAUAAAUAAUCAUUUUCAUAUCAUUAGCUUUGCACUUGGCCUCGCUUUGAAACAGAGGCUUGAGGCAACUCCGAAAUGGUUUAAUUUAGUCUGCGUGGAUUGGAGAAAAUAAAUCCGAUAAAAACGGAAUUUUAAAUUCUGAGUGUUGUACUUAAACUGCCUGAAGGGCAGCCAGGGGAUUUCAAACAUUUUUACUAUACAUGUACGAAUAAUCUGGGUAGGUUAUGAGUUGCUUAAAAGUGUUGUGUAGAGUGGGUUUAUUUAUGUGAGAUGCGCUACUUCGGUCCUUAGUUUCUCGUAUUUCCUGUUUGACUGUUUAGCCAAUCCCAUGCUAGCCUGAGAAAAACAGCCGACAUUUUGCGAUGCCACCACUGGUUUCCCUGAGCAAAUGACGUCUGAGGAUUCCAUACAUGACGUGUAACUGCCCAGAUCUGGGUGGCACCUUUGAUUGGUCGCUCCGCGAAGGAAAUUUGCUUCAACCAAUCAAUCAGAAGCACUACCCAGAAAUCUACCCAGAGCUUGGUAGUGGCGCGUCAUCAGUAUGGAAUUUCUGUGCUUGUUUCUCAGUCGUCAUUUCGAGGGGAAACCAGUGGUUGUUGGCUGAUUUUUCAGGCUAAUGCCAUGGAAAUCCAAAGCACUUUUUGCUAAAAUUCCUUCUGGAACUAUCGAUUGUUUAUUGGUCAAUAUGGCGCAUCUUCAAACAAGAUUUUAGCGGCAGGAAGAAACUGGCUUCGGGCUUGAAAAGUUGGAUAGCACUAUCCACAGUAUUAAUCACUGUCCAAUAGAUAGCGCUUUCCACCUUUACAACUGAGACCAGUAUACAUUUGGAUAGCGCGGCCAGGGGCGUAGCCAGCUUUUCGACUAGUUGUAGGCCCGGCUGACUUUCAUUUCCACAUAUCCUGAAAAUUGCACGCGUUUCUUUGAGCUCUUAAGCUUUUUAGCUCACCCCAACAAUGCAUAAGUUAUUACAAGCGGUAGAGUGAUCAAACCAAAAAUUUGUAGGGCCCGGGCCUACAGGUCUAUGGGCUGGCUACGCCCCUGGAGGCAACUUGUUUGUUUUUGUUUUCUUUUCAGACCUGAUUUGAUGGUAAAGAAGUUGCGUUAUUAUGCACGCUUCAUUGUGGUUAGUCUGCUUCUCAACAAGGUGGAUCUUGUGAAGGAACUUAUUCAAGAACUUCAUCAUUAUGUAGAGGAAUAUGUGAGCGUGUAUGAGGCAGAGGAUGAUGAAGAGUGGAGACUGGUGAUCAGUGAAGUCACAGCGUUUAUGGAGGUGAGCUACACCAAGGCCUGCGGCCCUUUUCUCGAACGCUGUGGCUAUUUGGCCGGUAACCGGUCAAGGUUUUCAAACAUUGGAUGACUGGCAGUCCAGUAUUUUUAAUAAAUUUGACAAAUCGAAAAAAUCCAUCUAAUCUAAACUAUCAUAUAUCGAUUAAGAAAAGUCAAGCGAUCCUGAAACACUUUAUAGAUCUCAAGUUUAGCGUUUGGUCUACGCUGCGCUCAGAAAACGAAACCAUAUUUUUGACACUUAGAACUUAGAACAGGCCAGGGCUUCAGUAUAAGCGGCAGUUUACGGUAUCUUCCUAUCUUGAAGGCUGACCACGUGUUGACUUAGUUCUUCUUUUAUACAGGCGGACUCCCUGGUGACAGUUAUGACCCCCGAUGUUGUACCCGUCACUCUAUCACACAGAAUGGCCGAAAAUGUGAGUUAAGAAUCAGCCUUUAUUUCUGUACCAUAGCCCACAAAUUCAAAAUGGCGGCACGCAGAAAAUUCAAAGGGAAAAAUAGACGAUCUUCUUAUCCAGAAACAAUCUUUUCAUUUUCCUUUAAAAAAACUGAGGAAUCAGAAAUUAAUCGGUAACCAUACUUUAUUUUUGACCAUUCGUUAUCAAACUCGAGGUUCCAUUCUUAGUUUAACAGUCUACUGAAUUGAUGGGUGCUGUGAAGAUUUUUCUAGCAAAUUAACGGUAACUUCCUUAGAAUUCCGGCACGUGGUACAUUUAUUCUCAUAAUGCGUUGUAUUGAAUUUUGCACGGAAAAGUUUUCGAACAGUUUUCUUUGCGGGAAGUCCAAUCGCCAACAAGUGUUUGUAUAAAAACAACAUACACACACUUUGCAAGAUGUGCAUGAGAACGUCUAGAAGCGUAUCUUCAUUUUAACACUCUCAUCAUUUAUACCUUAAGGCUCAGGUCAAACAUCGAACUUGACCCAUGUGACGAACUAAAUGCUAAUAAGCAGUAAGCAAAAUCUGUUGUUCUGACUUGUUAGCGUCAGAUUCGUCCCAUGAAAAGUUCGACGUUUGACCCUAACCUCAGAAGAGGUAAGGAUUACAAAGUUAGUGCAAUCUGUUUGUAUAUAGCAAGGCCUCUGCUCUAAGUAACUUAAUCCGACCAUAGUAUUUGUUUUUGUACCAAUGUUUGUCAAAAUGGUCAUGGACUUUUCGCGUAUUUCGCUUUGUACUAUGUAUAGCUUCGCAGAGUGCGCAAUCGAACGUAAGACCCGGCUUUUCGAGUCUGUAGUAUUUCUUCCACUCAAAGAAGGCAUCGUACGCCGUGUCAUUAUUGUCUAAGUACUCAAUAUACUUUGCUCAUUGUUCGACAGUUUGAAAGUUUUGAACAUCUAUGAAAGAUCCUGGAAUUGCGAGUUUUUUGUAGUUUGCACCGCCAAGGACAAUAGGCCAAGGACGUUUUGAAGUCCAAAUCCCCAGCUAGUAUUUUUCUGUAAUGUAGUCUUCACAAAGAGAGCUUUCAAUGGUUAAGAAAAAUUUAUACUUUCUAAGUCGUUUAGCACACUCUUUUGUUGAAAAGUUUUCGUCUGGUGGAGCGGGGCAGGUAAAGUUCCCGCACUUACCGAAGAUAUGUACUGGCAGAUGUUCGUCAAGUUUUCGUGCAUAUUCGCUGCGUCCACUCGGCGCGUGACAGUCACUCACUAUUUAUGCAAUCAACUGCGUUUUUCCAGCAUCUUUAGAGGUUUUGAUUUUAGCAUCUCGCUACUCCUCGUUGCAUUGGAGAGGUAUGAAAUUGCCAGAAGGGGUGAAAACGUCCGCGAUAGCUCAUCGUUCAGAUAAAAACGCUGUCAAAGCUUUUCCCCCGUAAUUUUGAAUGUACCCGUCACUGCACGGCUUGGACGUGAAAAGGCUUUUACGUUUCAUGGAGAACUUUCUUUGAAUUUCAACUCCAGAAGAGUUCGCUUGCAUUUGAUAAAGUAAGCGAUUUGGAAUAAUCGCCGCCAAUUCAGUUUGUAAGUGACACUUUCGCCGCCGUUGCCGUGGGGUCCCCAGGUAGGUGAGACCCGCCUGUUCAUAUAAUCUCUCGUUGUAAUUUGAUCGCGUUUACAUGGUAGGUGGGGGUGACCACAGGAGAGAUUAUAUGGACAGGCGGGUUUCCUCACAUAAGCGGGUUACCUCACCUACCUUGGGUCCCCUACCUCCAUGUAAACAGGCCCAAAGCAACGUCGACGGCAACAAAAAAGACAAAAAAGUGAUAGGUUUCUAUCAGCAAAACAAACGUUUGCACGUUGUCGAGCAAAAAAGUAAGAAGUCUGUAAACAGACUAUCUUUACACAGACGUUGUUUUUCUUCUUCUGUUCAAAAAUCGACAAGCACGCGAGCGAAUUAACCGCGCGAGAGUGAGCACGGAGCGCGAGAACGUAAAUCCUCCCGCGGUUUUUAUUUUCAUGCGCGCGCUUCACGAUCUCUUAAGAAAAAACAGACGGUCUGUCAACAGGCUACGUCUUUCAAAAGCUGUGAUCUGACUGUGGGUUGUUGUGUUAUGAGUGGGCUGUGAUGCCUAGAUUAAAUAUGGACCAAUAUGUUUCCUUACAAUUUUCCACUACAGGAGAUUCCAGCUCAGAGGCCUGUCAGCGGUACAGCCUUAUCUUUACAAGAAAUUAUUAUUGUGGGGAACUGUGAAAAGCAGGUAUUUUUUUCUCCGCUUUAAGAGGGCCACUGAGGUUGAUUUUUGUGGGGAAAGGUUGUCAUUAAAUGGCAGAAACGGUUUUAAAAAGUAUACACUCAAACCAGUUAAUCUAGCUGCUAACGACCUCGGGGGUAUGUUGGUCUGGUGGCUGGGCAUGUGCCUGAUAUAGAAUACUUCACGGAAAGUGCGUGCCUACGGUAUUUGCGCACGAAUUGUUGACGUAUCAGAAAUCGAACGAUUGAGCGCCGCGAACGAGUGAGAUUUCUGAUACAAAAACAAUGAGUCCGUAAAUGCCGCACAAAGCACUUUUCGUGGGGUAUUGUGUUUAUUAUAUUCAUACUGAGACAUUCAUCAUUUUGCCAGCCUUUUAUUUCAAAUCUUUCCAAAAUCCUAAAAUGCUAAAAUAUGUCGCUACACACCACGAAUGAAAAAGAAAACGAAGUAAAGCUUAUUAGUAUUUUAAAAGAAACGCUUGGUAAAAAUUAUAAUGAGAGUAAGGAAAUGGAGUAAUCCAGGAAUUACAUAUUCGGCUCUCCUCAAUUUUCUUCAUCGAUAGCGAAAUAUUAAAAAAAAAGCUGUACCAAUCUAAUAUCUGAGAUGUUUUCUACGAGAAAAACUCUACUUUAUGGUCUUUUCUAAUUGAAUGUCCGCGAAGGAACUCGCAUAACGAGGGCACUGCAAUCGCGUAAAAAGGGGGAAUUUUGGCCCGAAACACACCCACCUCUGUGGCUUUUGAUUGGACGUAUCUUUUUUCUCACCGUUCGCGAUUCUGAUUGGAUGUUUCUUUCUUUGAAAAACAUCGCACCACUGAUUGGCUAGAACUCAUUUGCGUAUGAAAAUUUACGUCAUAGCUUUUCAUUGAAUAUAUCUCAGUACGUAUAUGAUAAAAAUAUAUCCCCAAUUUUUCUUGCUUUUGAAAAAUUCUCGAACAUUAAUCGUAUCAAGGAAUCCAACUUUUUUGGGGUACUCUUUGAUCACGACUCAUGGUAAUUAGACAGGAGAAGCUUAUGUUAUAUUUACAAGUGUAUCGACAAUUCUCUUAAAAUAAAUUUUGACUUACUCUCUAAAAAGAAAAAUUUUAAAAUCUUUAUUCAGAAGCGUUAGAUCUUGGACGGUAGAUUGCAAAAAUAUUUCCGGCUGUCGCUACUCUCCGCGCGGAGAGAAACGACAAUCGGAAAUAAGUCUGCGUUCGUAGGUUAGAACUGGAUUAUGUAUUUAUUUCAGGAAAUAUGUCAACCUCUUCCCCAGGCCUAAAACCUGAAGUCAGCAAGUUUAGAGUAUUGGAUGUGAAUAUAUAUUUUGAAAUACCAAUCCUCAUUUCUUUCCUUGUUUUUCAGGUAAAAUUUAGUGAGUUAACUUUGGACAUGUUCCGCAUGCUGCAGGCCCUGGAGAGGGAACCCGAGGAAGUUCCACCACGUACCUUGGUCACCACCAACGAAGUCUCUGAAAGCCCCUCUGAUAAAGUGAGCCCUGUUCAGGUUUAUUAUAAAAUGAAAUAUAUUUUUGCGAGCCCAGACGGGCAAGCUUGGAUCUGAUAAUUUCUUACCCAGGGGAAACGUGAUAAUCGUCGUCAUUCUACUACUGGUUUUGGCAAAAGUGUCAUACUGAUAGAAACAAGUUUAUGAUGUUGGAAGAUUUAUCAUUUUUCGAUCGGGAGGGGGCUUAACCUCCUUCAAUAAAGAUAAUAGCAGUCUAUAAAAAUAACCGUUAAAAUUUUUGUGGUGAAAAAAAGUAAAUUGAAGCUUUCCGAGUUCUCCGUAGCUUUGUAGAAUACGCAAAGAAAAACCUUCAAGUCAAAUCUCAUCGUCGUAGUCAUCGAAUGUAAAGGUCUCUAAUCAAAAGACGAAAUCCGGCCAACAUCUGUUGUUGUUCUAGUUUCGGUAGUUAUUAUAAACGGUCAGAGAAAUGCUAUUCUCUUUUAGGAAACCAGCGAAAUUGCUCGUUCGUUCUCCAAGAGGCCCAAUCCCCACAAGUAUCUGCUAUACAAACCAACGUUAACACAGUUGUACGUUUUUCUGGCCUGUGGUUUGAAGGUUAGUUAUAUGUUUGUGCAGCAAAACACAUUUUUUCUCUCGCAUUGAUGUCUCACCUCUGGGACCGGCCUAUCCUGCGAGCAUGCUGUCCAUUUGGGGGAGUCAAGAGAAGUCACGCGAGAGCAUCACGCGUUCGCCCGCUUGUUCUCCCGCGGGUCGCUUGACUAGCCAUAAAUGGAGAGUUUCCUUGCAUUCUAGGUCCGACCCAGUGUCUCAAACGCAUUCUUUCUUUGAGUUCUAGUUGUUUUUAUUUAAAUUUUACUCUUCCCCCCCCCUCCACCCCGGCGAGACGCAUUGCGAGACGACACAAAGAUGGGCUGGUGACUGGGAAACCAUUUCUCUCCCUUGCUACCUUGCGAAUACUCCAGACAUCCUGUUUUUGCAGAGGGCUUGAGGUCUGGGUUUUCAGGUAUUCAUGCAGGAGUCACGUUAGAAGAGAAACUGCGGGAGAAAUUUCGUUUCUAAAAACGAGAACACCCUUAGGGAACCUGGCCUUGAGUAACGGAGGUGAUGAUGUUUUUGUUUGGUGGUUGUUUAGUUUUCUAAAGUCGUGUCUUUUUACUCAUUGCUUCCUAAUGCAUGUCUCUCUAUCGAGUUCUUUGAAAAGCGGAUCAUACCAGUAUUAAAGCAUAAAGCUCUAUUCUAGAACGAUGUAAAUAACUAUAAUGUAUGCCGGUUUUUCCCCAGGAACUUCCUAGCAAUGGCGUUAUGCUUAUCUAUGUCUCCAGUGAUGGUUGCCUUGGAAACGCAAAGGCCGGAGAGGAAGGUUAGUGGAUAGUUGAAUUCGGUGCGAUGUCAGAGUGCGGGGAAAAAAUACGAAGGAAGAGAGAGCUGUUUCUCUUGCUUACAUCUUUUUGCGCCCUCCCCACAAUCUCAACGCUUGAAACAGGCUAGUUUAGUGUGAACAAUUGUGAUACUGACAUAAAAUCUUGACUCUUGCAUUUUUUAAUUCUCUCCUUUGGGAUUUAUCCCAGGUCCUUACGAGAUGGGAGGUGUUGCCAUGUGCCACAAAAAGGCGGGAAACGAGGAAGGUACAAGACGUGCGAGAGCCAACUUAAAGGAUGUUCACUGGUGCGUGACAUUUGUGUACCGUAAACUGCGGCUUAUAAGCCCCACCCCACAUUGUUGGAUGUUACAUGUUGCGUCCGUUUGCACAUCCUCUUGCAUGUUGUUAGGAGUUGUUGCGCAACCUUGAAACCGGUCAAACUUUUCAGUGAACAACUCUCAACAUUUCUUUUGUUCCAUGAUGGCGAAAGCGUAGCGCAAGCAGGCGCAUUACACAUGGUUUUCAAAUUCUUAUGGGUCGUAUCCUUCCCACUAAACAAUGCAGGUCCCAACAUUGUUGGGAGAUGUUGCAUCCGUUAGCACACCAUUACCAACACUGACGCAACAAAUCCCCACAUUGUUAGCCCAACAAUGUUGGGGGUUGUUGCGUCCGUUGUAUUUAGCUUAGGCUACGAUGGCCCAAGAAUACGCUCAACUGAACACGCUCGGAUUACGCUCGACUGAAAACUGGUCUACCAGUAAUACAAAGAACUGCAUAAAUUAUUUGUGUUCUUAUUUGUGUUGGGCAUAAAUUAUUUGUGUUCUUCAGCUUGUACCCAGAAGACCUUGUGCCGUUCAGCAGGAAGCCUCUUAUGGUGAUUGUAGAUAGCUCCAAUAGUUAUGCUUUUAGGGUGAGUAUGAACAAGACCUCUUUACGGUCAUUUUACUUCCUAUAGAUACAUGUUCUCACGAUACAUGUUCUAACCGACUCGUAUGAGUUAGUUAGUAGUUGCUAACUAUUUGCAAAACUUUUCCGGAAAAUCCGGUUGAAAAGUAAUUGAAAUUCAAUGAACAUUAACUGCAAAGUACCGCAAACGAGUAUACCGCAGAGCGUAGGAUCUAAAGAAAAGCUAAUCAAGAAAAAAUACCAAGUAGACACAUUGAAUUCUGCAAAGCUGAUUGUGUUACGUGAAAAUUGACUUUGCAAGACACCUGUCUGUUGUUGCGCCGUCCUGACGAGCCACAGUAAUGGCGAAACUGUUGUCGACGGCUACAACACCGCUCUGUUUUGGGUUUUAUCGGAGUCGUGUUGAUGUCUAGUCUCCUUCGCAUCCUCCUGGGCCCUUUUUGCGUGGCUCCCACCAGAGCGGCUGCGAGGGAGACCAGUUGAUGUCUUGUAAAGUUAAUUUCCACGUAGUACGAUUAGCUGUGCAGUGUUCAAUGUGUCUAAAUGGAACACGAGUUUUUCGGCCGUUCCAACGAAAAACGUCUGGGAGCUACGGAACAUCUGAAAAGGUAGUCCUGUUUUUCUGGACGGAAUGUUUCAAACGAAAAUUUGAGUUUCAUUUUUUCAAAGCGGUCUUUGAUACCAGUUUCAGGCCUCCCCAGCCGUUUUUCGGUUAAAGGAACUGAUUUGUAUAAAUGGUAAACACGAAUCAGGGACGAUAUUUGCUAUUCCGGAAUUUUGCUUUCCAUUUGCCCAAACCGUGAACCGACCAGUUUGUCUAUGUAAAUGGUAAAGAACCAGUUUUUGCUUCUUAAAGUGACUAUUUACCCACAGGCAGAUAUUAAUGUUCGUUUUACAGAAACGACUUUCUAUACUGGGCGUUUAACUGAAUGAAUUUUUCGCCAAAAUUGUUGCAAAGCAGUGUAAGGUUUAGCAAAUUUAGGACGCGACAGCACUAGGGAAACGAGUUCUUUGCAACUUUUCGCUCGCGCUCUGAAGUUUUGGGCAAAUCGUCUCUAUAAGAGUGUAGACACUUAGCCAUACAUAUGCGGUGGCGUUAAGGCAUGUUAAAAGAAAAAAAAGAUUCACUUCCGGUUGACGUGCGUCGCUCAAAAAAAACGUCGGAACGCGUGCUGUGGUCGAAGCGUCGCACCCCUACUGCUAAAUCUGCUCAUAUUUCGCGGAGAAUACAUUUGGUACCACAGGACAACCAGCAUUCUAACGAAUCAGUCACUGGUGGUUUCAUAGUACAGACAAAUAAAUCAGCCCUUUACCGUAUUGCCAACCUUGCUUUCAGUUUUGUUUUACUUUCAACUUCAAGUGACGCCUGGCUCUAGCAUCUCUACAUCAGAGAUCCGGCAAGAAAGAACCAGUUGGUUUUAUCUACGCGUUGAGUGGACGCUUAUCUCUCGCUAAACUCGUUUCCAGCCCGGGGCAGCUUUACUGGUCUCUGUCUAAAAAUAGUUUGACCGUACUUUGCUUUCACUUGCAGUAUUUUCCAAGUUUGUUUGGGCAGCCGCUUAUCUCCUUGAUGUCGCCUAUAACAGUUCCCACGACGAUGCAAGGUAAAUACGUUAGUGCUCGUAGUUGAAACUGCCUUGUUGCGUUUUUCAAGCGAUAUAUUUAAGAUUUUGUUAAAGAUUUAGACCACUUCAAACACUUUCGGGGGCUAAUAGGCGAAUACCAAAUUACGUAGCUCUCUAAGCGAGUUCGAGGUCCGUGCUUUAAGUUCUCCGGACCGAGUUUUUUAGCGCUUGGUCAAUAAAUCCAAGUGGAAAACACAAGGUUCCGUGACUUACAUUGGGGAUCAAGAAAAGGAGGCUAGUAAGAUUUAUAUUAAAAUAUCUGGGUUUAAAUAGAGACGGAGAGGACGUCGCAUAUUACGAUUCAAGCGGAACGGUAGUGAGGUUUGCAAAAUCGUGGCUUUGAAUUGUCAACAACAUUCAUUUAACAUUUAGCACAUCCUUUAUAGUCCAAAACUACUUGAAACGAAAGCCUUACAAUAUAGUUUCUCUGUCAAUAAUCGCAAGCAAAGCAAACUUUCGACUUUACGGUUUGACCGUGAAAUACUACUGACCCACUAAACUGACUAAUCACAGUGCACCCACCAACAGAGAGAUAUAAUAAAAGUCACUAUUGCUUGGAAAUAGACCUCAGGGGUGGUCACUGCCAGAGAAUCUUAUGCCCAUUGUAGUCCUUUUGCAUGCCACAAGAGUCUACUCAGUUAAAGUACUCUGAGACAAGACUUACGGUUUUCUGCCCUAAUCUGAGAAGACUAGAAGGUCUGUUAAAUAGAUGAAACAAAAGGCAGUAGCCUCUCUACUCUAGUUAUUUCAAGGGCCACUGCUUAAUAGAGGUCUGCUUAAUACAGGUUCGGUUGUAGUCGACGAUUAAUGAUAGUACUAUGGAGUUUCCAUAACUCACGCUGUAUAACUCUUUCUUUGGAUCAUUGUUUUCCAGAGCAAAGUCGGAAGGGAAGUUUAUUCUCGCUCUUCCUAUUUAGUCCAUUGGUGGCUUUUUGUUAUGUCUGUAGCAUCGCUGAUCUCCGCAGUGACUUGUGGGAUAGCUGUCACCGACAAGUUCGACGAAUCAUGAACGAUUGUCUUCGAGUGUUUUACGACUGGUCACGAUGUGUUGGUAAGUCGACUGCGCAUGCUCUAGGACUGUCUAAGAACUGUUUUAAGUCGACUGUCUUGCUGCUUGUCGUGAUCCCUUCGAAUGGCGGCAUCAGUAUUGGUAAUGCGAUUGUUAACCAAAUCAAAUCACUAGCUCAUUACAACUUUAAUUGACAGGCAGGUGAUUGAAUUGUAGGUUCAUUACAAACUUAUAAAUGUUUUUGUUGUCCAUUCAAAAUAUUUCUCCGUUUCUGAUUGGCUAAAAGCACGCGCUUGACUCACCAUAGCCAGCUACUGUUGACCAAAUUUGGAAGAAUUUUGCUAUUAAUCAACCGAUGAUGUCAAAAGUGCAGCACAGUUGGAGGUUAAUACACCAUUAACCGAGAAGACCUGGGGACGAAGUUGAGUUGUUUUGGUUGUGAAAAGAAAAAUGGCCGAACAGUCGGCGGAACAUUUCAUUCGAUUCACGACGAGCCUAUUGUAUAAAAACAUAGCAAGAAGACAACUCGAAGGACAACAUCUGUUAUUUAAACUCACUAAUGGGUCUCCUCGCUGGACCUUUUCCGAACGACUGCCAAAACGAGAGGUUAAAAACGUAGACCGAUCACGGCCCACUUCGAGAUCUGGGAUGUGUACGGCUUUGAACCUUGAGAAAUUUAGCGCGAGACUUUAGAAGAGUCAGGAAAAGUCUCCUAAAAAGGAAAAGCUCCUAGAUUUCUUAUAACAAACUCGUGACGAAGCCCCAGGAACGUCUGCGUGGAUCGUGGCUAAUUUUUUUGAAAGUUGCGAAAUGGGGACACAGUUUGAAGAACGAUCUUGAAUGGCUUUGUAAACGGAAAAUCCAUUAAGAUGAGUCUUUCUUUUUUUCUUGCAGAUCUAGCCUUCCUUCAGCUUCUUGAUGACGAGUUUCUUCGUUUGAUGAUUAUUCGUUUUGUAUUCUGUUUUUACACCAUGCAUCUUCAUCGAGCAUUCAAGGUAUUGUUUCACAAGUGGAAGUGGCGGGGUUCCUUAAAUAGUGAUAUGUUUAAGAUAAUACCUGACCGAUAAGAUAAUCACCGAUAGCGCAGCGCGAGGUUAAUAUUUUUGAGACGACUGAGUAGCGAGGAUAUUUUCCGAUUCCAUGCAUCUUUUUAUUGUUUUAGAACCAGCAGGUCAUUGUUCUGAUUGUUGUGGCCAAUGAAGGAGAACAGUGGUUAUUUUUCGUAACAGUGGCCUUCUGUUCCACCUCAGUGACCUGCCCUUCCAUUUAUUAGAAAUAAUAACGCGUACAAAAAGAUGGGUUAAAAAAGAAUGGCUACCAACAUUUAUUCAGAGGAAAAAAAUGAUACCUGCUAGAUCGAAAACUUCUAAAGUGAGGGGCGUCUUGGGAGGAAAAAUUUUCCAAAAAACGGGCCUUCUUGCAUGCAAAGUAGCGCAUUUUUUUCUGUUUUGUUAAGUUUUCUACACAUACCAUAGACGCUCGAAUUUAUUCUUAGCACCGAGCUUCAAAAACGCCCUGGCCCAUCGAGUUUUUAUUUAAUAUUCGGUUUGAAGUCGCGUAACCGGCAUAUAGAGAGCAUGAAGGGGUCCCUUGAACACAUACAAUAAAUCUUUGCGGAAUGAUGCGAAGGAUAGUAAGACAGAAAUUCGGUUGGAUUGGUAAGAUUGUAAGAUUAUCGCAACCAACAGGACGUUGAAGUGUCGCAUUAUGCAGAUCGAGACCCUCCGAGAUCUGUAUCAUUCUUGAGAUUAUACUCAGCCUCAUUUAAUGAAAGGUCCUUUGCAGCUUGUUAUUCACGUGGUACAAAACCAACGUUUUGGAGAGCAAGCGACGCACAAGGACAAGACAAACAAAGAGCUUACAUCAUUUAAAAUGGUAAUUUCCUUUGUUGUCUUCUCCCAUUGCAUCUCUUGUUCUCCAGCAAGCCCGUUUUGUAGCACUCGAACGACUGGAUGCAGGGACCUUUUACUAAAUAUCUUACCAAGGUGGAAAAUUGACGGACGAAAUAGCGCCUCUUUAAAUAAGCACUUUUCCUCCCUAAGUAUUGGCGUCCCAGUUACAGUUUAUCAUUCAUUGUAUACAGAUAAGUCAUUCCACGUUCUCAAUUUAGGGCUCAGACUACUAUCCCAAGAGCUUCCCCAAGCUGCCGGCGGAGAUCUUACUCAACGGCGGUAUAGAAAAGCAAGUUCUUGAACUCGCCUCAAUGUUGGAUGUACGAAGUCUCUUUUAUGAGAUUGGAGAAGGUCCUCCCACGGACUAACCAUCUGCACCUCUGGUGUUUAUGAUGAAACAUACGUCGAACCAGAGUUCUUUGCCGGGCUUCGAUAUUCCAAUCUAGGGGCUAUUGAAUGAUCAUCGUUCAUCCCCCUUUUACGGCGGACAGAACGUCCUCACAGGAUGCCAUGAUUCUUUAGAUGAUACUCAGACUUAUCCAAUAAUUUCUAAGGACAAAGGAGCGGUUCUGUCUCUGUUUCUGAUGAUAGAGAGAACGAGUAUGGAUAGUUCAGGAGAACUUGACUAUACAGUCUCUUCGACUUUACGAAAAAGCUGGAACAAUAACGAGAAGGCGGAUAGCCAUUCACAAGACGCUCGAAGUCCAGUUCCUACACCCUUAUUGUUAGAACGAUAGCCUUACCGAGGUCCUCUCUUUCGUGAUCUUGUUCGCACGAAACAGGUUGGGUAGACAUACUGAGUUGACACUUGCGUUAUAAGAAGUCCUUCUGAACAAUGUUUAUACUGUAUAUGGAGCUCUUUUGUUUUAUUACUGUUUGGGUUACAAAGGUGUAACGUAGUCAAUGAAUAAUUAAUAAAAUAGUUGAUUGUGAAUACAGUCUAAAGCGACAACCCGAAAAGACACGAAAAAGAAGUAUUUCGCAUAUAGGCUAUAUAAACUUAACACUGUAAAUAGCCAGCGCC